UUUCUAUUGAACGUAAGCCCGGAACUGGAAUAUCUUCGGUUUUGUCAUUUUUUUGUACGGGAAUUUAAACCAUUCAUAUUAUUUUUAUCAAAUUCUGCGAAUGAACACUGCCUCGUUGUUACUUACAUAAGAGUUUGACAUCUUGUAUAACAAUUCAUCAUUGGACGAUUUUUUUGUGAAUGGAGAAUUGUAAAGGAAAUAUUGUGCAUAGAUGAAAAUGAUGGAUUGCUACGCACUUUUUCAUUUCGACAAACUUGUUACGCAACGUAAUUAAAGAAAUAAAGUUACAAAUUAAUUGUGUCAAUGUGACAGAUUGUUGUUUCCGUAUUUAAUUAAACUCGUUCUUUAUUUCGGUUUGAUGCGCUGACAACAUGGGUGUGACGUAUUUCUUGUCUGCUUAGUGUGCAGGCUUGUGUCAAUAUUUUAAUGUGUAAUUAGAAACUGAUUUUCGUCUAUCUCUAAGAGUCCGGAAUUGUGCAAAAUUAGUACCAAAAUUUAUGUAUGUUGUUAGUGCAAAAUUAGUGUCAGAUUUUAUGCAUAUUAUUUCGAAAUGGCAUGGCUUGAAGGUCUUUCGUCGUUGAAGGGACAAAUUACGAGUUUUACAAGAGAGGUUUUGUCUGAGGGAAGAGAUGAAAUUCAUGAUACAAGUUCAGAGUUAACUGCAUCAAAGAAGAAAAUAGAAGAACUAGAAGCAUUAUGUGCUUCUCAGAACAUGGAAAUCUCGGAACUCCGACAGCGAAGUGCUGAGCUAGAGAGGCAGCUUGUAGCGGGAGCGGGAACAACGCCGAACACGGACACUUCUACAUGCGAAUAUGUGGCGCUGCCGAGCCUACAGACCCAGGAUAGGCCAACCAGAGAUGGCAAAGCGGAAUUUCAUGGUAAAGGCACGAUGUCAAAUAGUCCUGAGAGCUUUCUGGAUGUGUUACAAAGUGCAAAAGAUGAACUCAGAGAGAAAUCAAAACUUUUGGUGGUGUUCACGGAGGAGCUUGAAAACCUCAAAACAGAGAAACAGCAAGUCAGCUCAAGGUGUGUUUACUUGGAGAAACAAGUGCAAAAACUCUCGGAGCAGCUUGAGAACGAGUCUGAGAAGCGAACAGGAUCUGAGUUGAGUGAACUUGAACAGCUUCGCAGCCAGUUAAGAGCUGCUACUGACCAGCUGGCACAGACUAGAGAUGAAAAUACAGGAGUGUUACGGGAACAAUUGAAUGCUGCUGAACACAGGAUUGAGGAACUUGAGAAAGAACUGCUGAAAGUUCAUCAGCAGAUGUUGGACCACCUCAGUGACUCACAGGUGAACACCAGUGAAAUCCGAGGGGAAGUGGAGCAAACAAGAUGGCAGCUGUUGCAGGAAUCUGGAGUUCAGAAGACUGAAUUGCUUAGAGCUCGACAGGAUAUGGUGAACCGGAUCAUCCAAAUGGGAGAAAAGGUGCAGUGCUGUAUUACUUCAUUAAACAAUUCAAUACUGGUGAGUCGAGAGGUAGAGAUGAACAUGAAGAAGCUACAGUUAGAUGGAAAGCACUUGACUGCAGAUAUCAUGGCCAUCAUCCACAAACUGGGUGAUCCUGAGCAGCAGGAGCUCAUACAUGGUGUUCUAAAGGCUUUGGAACUUGAAAAUCAGGUUUUGAAAUUGAGAAAUGCUCAGCUAGAACUUGCUGGAAAUACAGAAACAUUAAAAGGAAACAGUUGUGACUUCAGCAGUAGGGUUGAUUUUCAUUGUGGAGAUGAUGGAAAGAAAUCAAUUGGUGGAGACAGUAUGGACCUUAACUUAAAAUACUCAGAUUCCAGUAGCAAGAAGACAGAUGAUGACUGUGAGACAGAAUCCUUAAAAUCAGAAAUAUCAGAACUUUGCCUCCUGAAGCAGAAAUUAAAUUCUCAGAUAUCACAGCUGCAAAUGAAAGUUGAAACCUAUGAGAGAGACAUUGAAUGCUUUGAAAUGAUGAAGUCUGACUGGACUGUGGAAAAGAAGAUGCUGGAACAGCAUUUGUCUGGUUUGAAAGAGCAGUUGAGAGAAAAAGAAGAGAAGUUAAAUCUUGUCACUGCACAGAAGGGAUUGAUGGAGGUAAAGAAGCAGUCACUUGUUCACGUUGUCAAAUCAGAAGAACAUGUGAUGCUGCAGAAGAGGCUGGAGGAGCUGAGUGUUCAGUUGACUCAGAUUCAGGAAGAGAAAGAACAGCUUCAGCAAGGAAAGAUUUGUCUGUCAUCUGAAGUGGAGGCCAUGGCCAAGGUAAUUCAGGAUUUGGAAUCUCAGCUUGCAAGAGCUCAAGAAGAGAACACAGGGUUGACCAAGAGCCUGGAAGUACUAGAUGAGCAGCAUCAGGGGGCAAUUGAUCAGUUGCUCAAAGUAAAGCAGUCACUUUUGAAGCAGAAUAAAACAUUGCAGUCUGAAUUAGAAACCAUGAAGCAAAUAUCUGGUUUUGAGAAGUACAGAUAUACAUUACGAAGUGAGAGCUUUGAAAAGAUUGAUGCUGGAACAGACUGUUUCAGUCCUGCUUGCAUGUGCAGAGAAGUGCAGACAGAACCAUGCAAUGACAUUGAGAACAGUGAUGAAGUAUAUGCAAAAUGCAGAAGGAAUUUGGAGAUAGAAUUUCAGGAGAAAAUUUUGAAGCUUAUAACAUUUGAAAUCCCAAAAGACUAUUUUAGUGUUAACAGUAAUAGUAAAGAUGACAUUAUGCCAAUGGGGAUGGUAGAAGCUCUAGUCAGAAUGUGUGUAGAAUGUAAAUGGCAAAGAGACACACUUGAACGUAAAGUUGCAGAGCUUGUGAAGGAACUGCAAGACACAAAACAUAUGUAUGAGGAUCGCAACAAGGCAGCCCAUGAACUUGACUCUGAGUGCAGGAUCCUGAAGGGAAAUAUUGAAACACUUAUAGAAGAGCUGAUGGUUAGUAAGAAUGGUGGCGGGGAGGGAUUAGCUCCCAUCCCUGAAAAUAAUGAGACAGAAGCAAUGGAGCAGAAAAUCAUGAUGUUGGAGAAUGAGAUAGAAGUGCUAAGAGAGGCAAGAUUGAACCUAGAGGUUGAUGCAAAGGGACUAAGAGAAGAAGUGGAGACACUUGUCAAGAAACUGCAGACAGCAAAUGCAAUGCUGCGGAACCAAGAGAAUUUGGAGACAGAAUCGAACAGGUGGCAGGAGGCAGCGACUAGUGCAGGUGGACAGUUAAAAGAGGCUUUAGCAGUAAAAUGCUCCCUGGAGGAGGAGGUAGAAGGGUUACGUGGGGAGCUGCAGAAGUUGGAGGCCAUGAAUAAGGAUCAAGUGUCCUCAAGUGAGAAGAUACUAGAAGAGUUGCAGGAGGAGAUUGCAGAGCUUCAGGAAAGGCUGCUUCAACAGGAGGAGUUGCAGAAUCAAAAGGAGGCUUUGAUGAAUACAGUAACCUAUACACAAGACCAGUUGGAGCUCUCCAAUAUGGACAGAUCUAAAUUAAAAGAUGAGGUAGAAGAACUGCAGAAGCAGAUUGAAGGUUUGAAGGCCAUGGGAAAUUUGCAGACAGAAGUUGCAAGCUUGCAGCAGCAACUUUCUGAGACACGACAUGUAGAAGAGCAGUUAAGAGGUAAAACAAGACAGCUUGAACAGGCAGCACUGAAGAUAUCAGAAUAUGAGCACCAUUCGAAGGACUUAAACCAACAACUGAAAAAUUGUAAAGAGGACCUGGAGGCUUUGAAAUGUAAAUUGAAUGAUACAGAAGCUCAGCUAAAUGAAGUACUGAAUACUAAAUCAUUGAUGCAGAAGGAAUUGGGUCAUAUCCAGGAAGAAUUCAAUCUAAGAUUGAAAGAAAUUUCAAAAUUGAAAGAAGAAAAAUCAUUGAUAGAACAAAAUCUCAUGCAUGUUGUAAGUGACAAGUCUAAUGCAGAGUGUGAAUAUGAAGGAAUUUUAUCUGAUCUUCAUAACAAAGACAUAGAAAUGGAGAACUUGAAAAAAGUGAAUCUGGAAUUAGAACAAGAAGUAGAAAGACUCUAUUUGGCUAGAGCAGAGAUGGAAUGUAAAGAGAGGAGCCUUCAGGCCACUGGUAUGGAAGUUGAAAGAUGGAAGGAAAUGGCCAAGGCAUCAGAAAGACAGUUAAAUGAGGCACUGCGAGUGCGAGAUGAACUGGAACAGGAAUGCAAAAGGCUGUAUUUGAUCGAGACAAGAGUACAAAAUCAGGAACAUCUAGAGAGGGAAGUAGAACAGUUGAAAAAGUUGUCAGAAGGAAUUGAGCAGAAUUCUAAUCAGUUACUUAGUGAUAAAUUGUCAUUGGAGAAGCAGUGUUCAUACAUGAGAAACCAACUUUGUGAUCUUGAAGAUAUGGAGAAAGAUGCAAAAGAGAGAGCAGACAGUGUAGAGCAGCAACUUAAUGAUGCAUUGCAUGAUAACGCUGAACGAGAAAGAAAAAUUCAAAUGAUGCAUACCAUUGAAGAGAAGUUCAAGAAUCUGGAAAAGGAUUUUGUCAGGCAAAAAGAGUUGAGCUUUAGUCUCCAGCAGGAGUUGAGUGAAGUUGCAUUAUCAAAGUGUGAAUUAGAGGCAGAAUGUAAGAGGCUGCUGGCUAUGGAAGGAAAGCUUCGAAAUCAAGAGACCCUGGAACUAGAAUUGAAAGAGUUGAGACAGAAGUUAGCAGCUGUUGAACAAGAACUUAAUGAAGCUGUAUUGGCAAAAUUGCAGCUCCGGGAUGAUUACAAGAAAAUGGACUCAGCAUCCAAACUUCUGAAAUCUGAAGUCUCUACACAGAAAGAGGAAAGGGAAGGCCAUGAGGAAUGUGAAACGUUAGACAGUCACGAAGUGUUGAAGGCAGUGGAAGAACAGCUACAAAGUUUACAGAGAGAGCAACAGAAAAUUGUGGAUGAUCUUGGUGAGAAGACAUGUGAAAAUGAUAAAACAGAAAACAGUCUGUUUUUGCAAAUGAUUUCAGAACAGAAAUCACAUUCACCCGAAUGUGAGGAAAAAUAUCAAUUUGAAAGCAAUGACGCAAUAGAAAUGGCCAAGGAGACUAUAGCAAAUCUCUCUACGAUAAUAAAGGAUAAGGAUGCAGAAAUUGAUGCUCUGAAUAAAAAAUUAGAAAGCUUCCAACAUCUUCAUGACAUCCAUUCUGUAAAUGAAGAGUUUAUAAAAUUCAGAGAGGCAGUCUCAGAACAGCUCACCAGACUUAAUAAAGAGAGGACAGAGUUAAUAACAACUGUGCAAGUGAAGCAUCAAGAAAGUGUUCAGUACCACAAUGAAAUACAGCGACUGACUGGCGUGCUGGAUCAGGAGAUGAAAAAACUUGAAGAGAUGAAAUGCCAGCAUGCCAACUUGACUCAGCAGUAUGAAGAGAAAGAGAAGAUGGUACUCAAAAUGCAGAAUGAUUUCGCUGCUGCUCUGCUAAGAAUUCAGCAGCUUGAAAAGGGAUGGGUGCAGUUUUCUUCUCUGAAUGAGUCUGGGAAAGGUAGUAAUGCUGAAUUUACACAGAUGACAUCUGAACUUAUUCAGCUUCAUGCACAAGAACAACAAGCAAAGGAAAACCAGAUUCAGAUGCUACAUUCACAAGUUGCUGAUUUGGAGAACCAUUUACUGCUCAUGUCUGAACAGAAACACGCUGAAGGAGUCUCUCCUCAGAACAAGGCAGUGAAUGUGGAUGUCUCAUUGCCUGAGGAUCUUCGGAUGCAGCUAGAAACAUUGCAGGCUGAAUGCAAACGAAUGGCAGACAGCCUCCUGCAAGAGCAGACUCGAAACAAAUAUCUGCAAAAUGAGGUACAUGAACAGUGUGAGAAAGAAAGUGUGCUGUUGAAGCAGCUUGACAGGUUACGACUUCAUCUGGUGGCAGUAGAGGAGAGCUAUACGCAGGAGGCGCUGAAAGCUGAGGAGCAGGUGAAGGAUCUACAGAACAAAUUGGUGCUUGCUGAAGAGAGAAUCAAGAAUUCCUCUACAGCAUACACAUCUGCAAGCAUCAGAGCCAAUCAGCAUGUAGAGUCCCUGCAGGGCCAGGCUCGGUUGAUAGCCCAGCAAAGGGAUGAUUUACAGUUGAAACUAUCAGCUGCUGAGGAUCAAAUUCACCAUCACUCAGCAGCGCUGCGUAACCUGCAGAUUGUGUUAGAGCAGUUCCAGAAAGAUAAAGAGAGGGAGAUAGACUCGGCAACAGAGAGACUACAGCAGCAGCUUCAGGGAGCACAGGAGCUACAUGAUGAGCUGUGUGCAGAAAUAGCUGUGCUCAAAGUUCAGUUAGCAGAAGCGAAAGAAGGUCUGAGUGCUGCUGCUCGACUAGGAGAGCAACUGGAUAAAAAGUCAGAAACAAUUGCUGGUCUCAGGGAAGAAGUGACCAGACUGAGCAGCCAGUUGCAAGAGUCUGAGACCAAAGUUCAGUCUGCAAGUCUUAAUAUGGAAGGGAAAGUUGACAGGCACCUUUUGAAGAAUCUGGUAUUGGGUUAUUUUGUUGCUCCACCGAAUACUCGCAACCAGGUGCUGCGCAUAGUAACAACUGUGUUGGACUUCAACCAAGAAGAGAGAGCUCGGGUAGGACUGGAGUCUGGGACAUCACCUUCUGGCUGGUUCAGGAGUUUCCUACAGCCUGGUAAAGGCCCAUCUAACAUGCAGUCCCUGUCUGAAGCCUUCGUGCAGUUCCUUGAGAAUGAAUCACGACCUCACCCACAGCUGCGCCUAUUACCUGAAGCACAAGAAGCACCUCAGGGAGACAGCAGAUCAGAUUCUCCCUCAAGUUCAACGGGUGGCUCACAGCGUCGUUCACCUCUUCUGCUCUCUGAGGUUCAUCUUCCCACAUUCACCCAGUUUCCAGUUGGCCGGAACAGUAGCAGCAUCCUGAAGGAUGUUCUGAAGGACAGCUGACAUCCAGAGUUCCUGUAGCUGUGUUCCCACCAAACUUCACAGUUCUUUAUGUGAAAUUUGCAUGUAACAAUGUGUAUGAAUAUAAUGAAAGAAGUAGCAGGUUUAAGAAAUAUGGUCAGAGCUUAAUUAUUUAUUGUAUUAUGAGGAAACCAAAAUUAUUGCAUAUUUAUAGUUAAGUGACAUAACAGUGAACAAGGUGACUGUCAUUUGUAAAAUAUCACAUGGAAGAAGUAAUGAGGUAAAUGUGUAAGAUGAAAACUGAAGAGCGCUUACAAAGCAAGGGUCAAAGAGAGAUGGAUAGACAGCACCAGAUAUUUUGUACAUGCUUUAAUCUUAUUAAAAAGGAAACAGUA